ACGUUCUUGCAUCAUAAAAGUUCUUCAAAGCAAACAACGAAGGAUUAAAUUCAUUUCUUUAAUUGAUUCAAGGAUUUCCCAAUAUAUUCCUUAUUUUCUUGACCAUCUUGAAUUGAUUCUAUUUCAUUUAUGGCAUUUCUUAAUUCCUUGUGCUUCUUCUCUUGCUGUUUUUCUUACUUCUUUCUGACUUUUUCUUUUUUUUCUUUUUUUCCAUUGUUAGCUUCGGCCUCAGGCAUUGCUCCGGCAGGUUCUACGAACACAACGAGGCAUCGCCAUAAGUGGGUGGGACCCGUCGGCCACCGUGUGAUAUUCGUCGACGUCAACGGGCUUGGCGAUUUCCGGUCGGUGCAGGAUGCCGUGAAUUCCGUACCAGAGAACAAUAGGAUGAACGUAGAAAUUCGAAUCAGUGCUGGAUAUUACAUAGAGAAGGUGGUGGUUCCGGUAGCAAAACCAUACAUCACGUUCCAGGGUGCGGGGAGGGACGUCACGUUCAUGGAAUGGCAUGACCGAGCCUUGGACCGUGGUCCUAAUGGCCAGCAGCUGCGCACUUACCAAACUGCAUCUGUUACCGUCUACGCUAAUUAUUUCUCCGCCAGAAACAUAAGCUUCAAGAAUACUGCACCGGCACCGAUGCCAGGGAUGCAAGGGUGGCAAGCGGCGGCGUUUCGUAUAUCCGGCGACAAGGCAUACUUCUCCGGCUGUGGAUUCUACGGCGCACAAGACACUCUUUGUGAUGAUGCAGGCCGGCAUUACUUCAAGGAGUGCUACAUUGAGGGCUCGAUAGACUUUAUUUUUGGAAAUGGACGGUCCAUGUACAAAGACUGCGAUCUGCAUUCAAUAGCCACGAGAUUUGGGUCCAUUGCGGCCCAUGGUAGGAAAUCCCCCGAAGAGAAGACAGGCUUUGCUUUCCUGCGGUGCAGGGUAACGGGUACAGGCCCGGUCUAUGUGGGCCGAGCUAUGGGCCAGUAUUCGAGGAUUGUGUAUUCCUACACCUACUUUGACAAUCUGGUUGCACACGGUGGCUGGGAUGAUUGGGACCACGUCAGCAAUAAAAAUAAGACUGCGUUUUUUGGGGUGUACAAGUGUUAUGGGCCAGGGGCAGCAGCCGUUCGUGGACUGUCAUGGGCUAAAGAACUGGAUUAUGAUUCGGCCCAUCCAUUCCUAGCAAAGAGUUUCGUUAAUGGCCGUCACUGGAUUGCACCAUGGGAUGCUUAAGCUGGACUACCCUGCAACUUACACAUUACCAUCAUGUUUAUUUUUCAUAAUUGGAAGUAUAUUUGAUUCAGAUUUCAUUCAUUGUAAUUCAUUGGUUCUUUCACAGAGAUAUAAUGUAAUUUUUUUUUCUAAUGUUUAUUGAAGUAAUAAAAUGGAUGCUCAGAU